AAUUCACCAGUGCAUAGUGGGAUUUGAGGCAUGUCUCUAGUAAACGACAUUGACAGCAGAGGUGGUGGGUCCGAUCCUCUUCGUCUGGGAUGCUGAGCGGUGACAAUAUACCUAUCCCUACAGGCACUGUGAAGGCAGAGGGCAUCAUGGUGAAUGAGUCUGGCAGUGCACCACCACAGGGCUGUCCGAUGCACAGAGAUUUCAGAACAAGCGUUCCUUCAGAAUGUCCAAUGCAUCAGGGGUCUGCACCUGGCAAAAAUCAGCUGAAGAAAGUGCCAGAUGUACCUGCACAUCAGGAUGGGGCUUAUGAAUUUGUAGAGUGUCCUAUGAGAGCUGCCAAUGGAGUCAAAACCACAAUUUCUGACAUCAAUCCAGCAAAUAUGAUGCCACCACCUAAUCAGCAGCCUUCACCUGGUCAACCAUUUCCCCUGUCUGUUGCAAGAGAGGCAUCUACCAUCCCCCGAGCUGGAUCUGAGCAGAACUGGGUUUAUCCCUCAGAACAGAUGUUCUGGAAUGCCAUGCUGAGGAAAGGAUGGCGCUGGAACAAUGAUGACGUCAACCAAAAAGAUAUGAAAAACAUCAUCAGGAUUCACAACCACAAUAAUGAGCAAGCUUGGCAGGAAAUCCUCAGAUGGGAGAAACUCCAUGCUAAAGAAUGCCUAUGUGGACCUUCUCUUUUAAGGUUUGGUGGCAAAGCAAAAGAUUUUUCUCCCAGAGCCAGGUUUCACCACUGGAUGGGGCAUGAACUACCAUUUGACAGGCAUGACUGGAUUAUUGACCGGUGUGGAAAAGAGGUCAGAUAUGUGAUAGAUUACUACGAUGGAGGUCUGGUGCCCAAGCACACCAUCCUAGAUGUACGUCCAGCCUUUGAUUCAUUAGAGGCUGUUUGGGACCGUAUGAAAGUGGCCUGGUGGCGUUGGACCUCCACGUGAACCUCCCCAUGAGUCUUUCAGGAUCAAUAGGAGAUACAGGAACUGAGAUUUAUCGGUGAUAUAGCUUAGCCGAUUGAAGUUUUUUUUUUUUUAUUAUGAUGAUGGUGAUGAUGUAAUUGGAACCAGAAUUAAGUCCUUAUGUCAUUAAUUGUUAUGUGCAUAGAACAAAACCUCUGAUGACCACUACGAUCUUACAGAUGUAUAAAACCGUUUCUCAGGAGAAAACUAUACAGAAUUGUUUACCUAAUAUGUUGAAAUUAGGGAUUCCUGGCAUGCAAAAUUAAAUGUACUGUAUACAUUUUAGAUCAGUUUUUAAAUAAUAUUGAUAUAUACCUUUUUGUUUUAGUUUAAAAUAUUCACUGUUAACUAUUCAGUGAUGUUGUGAUAAAUUGUAAUGAGCCUCAAUUAGUUUUCUCUCUGCUUUUUAAAAAUGAAUUAUGUAGUAAUGGUGUAAAUAAUCUGUCGCAAAAUUUUUGUUCUACAGUUACUAUAAUUUUCUUGCAUACAUAUUUAUUUCUGCUAUAAAGUCAGUUGUUGACAGAAUAUGUUGUAAUAGUCAACAAAUACCUGCAAAUGUAUUUUAGUAUAGCACUCAAAUGAAAGGCCUCCAACAGAAAAUAUCAAGACAAAGUAUUAGAUUUUCCCUUUAAAUAAUAGAAAUUGUCAAAUAGGCUGUACAAAAACAAAUCAUCUAAAAAAAAAAUGCUUAUCCAUUAUUUAUAUUUUUCUGCCAA